AUGGGAUUAUCUGCUAAUGGAUUAAGAGAUAGCAUAACUACUGGUCGUCAAUUAUACAAAUACUUAUUGAGAGCAUGCAAGUGUUUACCAUCAGGUGCUUCACAACAUUACAGACAUUCGAUUAAACAAAGUUUUAAACAACAUAUUAAUGAAACGAAUCCUGAAAGAAUUAAGGAAAUAAUAGAAAGAUCACUUGAAGAUGCCGAUUGGGUUUUAAAGAAGUAUAAAUAG